AUGGCAUCUCAAACCGCAGCAUGGACCCUCACUGGCCAAAGAGGAAUCUCAAGUCUCAAAUUCGUUGAGAAUCAUCCUCUACCUGCUCUGGGGCACCACGAUGUACGGGUCAGAAUUCAUGCAGCAUCUUUAAAUUACCGUGGUAUUGCUAUUGCCUUGGGAAAAUUCGGUCUGACUAUCAAAGACAACAUUGUUCCAGCAUCCGACGGAGCGGGUGUUGUAGAGGCCGUUGGUUCCCAAGUCUGCAAUCUUAAGCCUGGGGAUAAAGUUUGCACCCAUAUGACAACCCAUAUGGCCGAUGAUACGCCCGCUACCUUUGCUGAUAUAGGGGCCGGUCUUGGUCAGCACGUAGACGGGACCUUACAGAGCCAUGGCAUAUACCAUGAAACGUCGGUGGUGAAGAUGCCUGACAACCUGUCUUUCGAGGAAGCGGCUACAUUAACUUGUUCUGGUCUAACGGCAUGGAAUGCAUUGUUUGGUCUUAAAGGGAGAGAGCCCAAGAAGGGUAGUUUUGCCCUGGCUUCGGGUGCGACGGUGAUAGCAACAACCAGCAACGACGAUAAAGCGUCCAAGUUCAAAUCACUAGGUGCACACCACGUCAUCAACUACAAAUCCACGCCUGACUGGGGAACAACCGCAAAAGGUUUUACCCUUGGUGGCCAAGGCGUAGACUUGAUUGUCGAUGUGGGCGGUGCAUUUACCCUUCAUCAGUCACUCAAGGCUAUCAGGCCGGAGGGAGGUAUCGCACUAGCAGGACUUUUAGGCGGAGCGUCCAAUCCCGAUAUGCCCAGUCUGAUGGACGGUCUGAGUUAUCUUUGCACCUCGCGUGGAUUGCUCCUUGGGACCCGAGUUCAGUUCCAGGCCAUGAAUCAUUUCAUUGAAGAGAAUGGCAUUAGGCCCCUAAUUGAUGAAGAGGUGUUUGGUCUACACGAGGUGAGAGAGGCAUAUGAGCAUCUCGAGCAACAGAAGCAUUUUUCGAAAGUUGUUGUCAAGAUUUGCUAG